AUUUAUAUUCUAUUUAAUUAUUUAUUUUUAACUACAAACUAAAUUUAGACAUUUACUGCCUCCUAGUGGUAGUUAUUCGCCAGUUUUACUGUAUAUACCUUCUUUUAAUCUCAAUGUUUCGUUUUGUAAUUUCACCAUGAUUGUUGUUUUUUAUUUUAUUUUAUUUUGUAUUUAUUUAUUUAUUUAUUUGCACCUCUAGAAUCCAAUAGGAUGAAGCUGUGAGGUCAUGGGGGAGGAUAGCUGUGUUUAUUUUCUUUCAGCCACAGAUGGUUUCAGAGUCUGUCUGGGGGCUGAAGCGGAUCACGCAGAACGACAGCCGGGGAUGAAGCCGCAGCUUUAGGGGAAAAGUUGCAUUUAUUGCAUACAUAGCCUGGCCACGAGACAUAAGUUCCCACGAUGUUAAUGCACUUAGUUACGUUUGCCCUUUUGAUUUUCAACCUCGGACCUGCAGAGGGUUUCCCCAAUUACAAAGAUGACUACAUGGACGAGGACUUGGCCACCUUUGACUAUUACAAAGGCACGGAUGAGUUUGACGAGGGGAACAGGACGCAGGAGUGUGAGGAGUGUGCGCCGGAGCUGUGCCCGCUGCCGCUGGGCUGUAGAGCGGGACUGGAGCGGGACAGAUGCGGCUGCUGCUCUCAGUGCGCCAACCUGGAGGGACAGACCUGUGACCUCGGCCAGAGAAACGUCUAUUAUGGACUGUGCGGAGAGAACAUGGAGUGCGAACUGGACCGGUCGGAUGGAGCGGACGGAGAGGAGCCAGAAGCCCAUUGUGUGUGUUUGUCCCAGAAACUUCUGUGUGGCUCAGACGGACAAACUUAUACGAACAUCUGCAAAUAUAAAGAAGCGGCGAAUUCAAAUCCUGGACUCAAUGUGAGCGACGGGCCGUGCAGGACAGUCCCCAUCAUCAAGGUGCCGCCACAUAAUCAGGUCAAUGCAACGGGCAGCAGUAUAGCAUUUCUCUGUGGGGUGUUUGCAUUUCCCAUGGCACUAGUGGAAUGGAGGAAAGAUGGAAAAGAGAUUAUUUUACCUGGUGAUGAUCCCCACAUAUCUGUUCAGUCACGAGGUGGCCCUCAGAAGUAUGAACUUUCCAGUUGGCUGCAGAUUGAAGAGACCAGUCAGAUGGAUUCUGGCACAUACAGGUGCAUCGCUCGAAAUGAGCUUGGCCAUGUCUCAGCCACAGCGAUUUUAGGAGUCCUGCCACCAGAUGAGAUGUCUGCCUAUUUGGAGCAAAACAUGAAUGAAAUGAAGAACUAUGGCCAAUUACAGGACUAUGACAGGGAUUAUUACUAAAUUUCAGAUCCCAACACCCUCAAGAACAACAAUGUCUUUUUACUUUCAGCCAGUAAAUUUGAGACAUGGCACUCAAAAAAAUAAAAAAUAAAAUAAAAAAAUAGUAAGCCUUGUAAAAAAACAUCCCCCUCCAGAGCUUUUUCUACAUCUGGAUAAUCAAACAUGGAGACGGUGAGGAAGAAGCUUAAAUAAAUUCCCAAUGGCACAGACCUUUAAAAUGGAUGAAAGACACACAAUGGGACAGAGGAGUAGUCUGGAAGCUGCUAGAAGCUGUGAAAUUCAGUACAGAGAGUAGCUGCUGGAGCUGAAUGUCUCUUUUGUUUCACCAAUGUUCUCCUUCAGAGUGACAAGUUGAAUAACACAACAUGAAGGACUGUGAAAUUUGAAUGAUAGCUGUACGAUUAUGAAAAAUACAGCUACUUUUUGAUAACUACAUAUUAUAAUAGCAGUUUUGAAUUUUAUAUUUUAUAUUAAAAUACUAUUUGUGUGACAACGCUUUUCACUUUGGUUAGAAACCUUUUUUUUUCAUGUUAUAAAUAUAGCAUUUUGAUGCAACAGGAAUG